CGUGAAUGUGCGAAUAGACAUUUGGGCAUGAUCUGUGAAUUUGCAUGACUCAUGGCCUGACUGUGUGAAAAUGACUGCUGCAAGCAUAUUCUCAUUCCUUAAAAGAGGUCUUAUAUUUUAAUUCUUGAAAGAGCUCUGUUGCUUUAUUUAUGUAUUUGCAUUCUAGAAGCUUAAAUCCGAAUUUCACUUUUCUGUGCGUUCCGCUUGUUCUGCAGUUUCCCAGUUUUUGACCUGGCCACUGUUGAUCAAAAUUUAAUUGCUCAAAAAGACCAAUUUGGUGAAUACUGUUGGUGCUAGAGCACUGGUGUCAUGGAGGGGGCUUGAUACCACCUAGUACCUCCUACGUUUGGGUAUACCCCCUUUUUUUAUCAUGACUCAAUGCCUUUAAAAACUGAGAGGCAUCAUCGAUUUCUAAUUUGAAAACUAGGCAAAUUUAAAUCCUUUAUAUGGAAAAAGUGUGAGAGGUUGUGCUUUUAAUUACAUCGUUUAGAUUGUAGAGCAAAGAAAGACACUCUUUACAUUUUCAUAUCUUGAUUGAUCUGAACGAGGUUAAAAAGAUAACUGAACUACGAUAUAUAGAACUUGAGAUUAUAUUCUACAAUAGGUCAUUACACGUGAUUAAAAUAGGUCAUGUGACCUGGGGAGCGUCCUACUACAAAAGUGGGGGGGGCUGCUGGCAGACUGAACAAAGCCUAUUCUGGGCAUCAUUAUGAGCAGAAGUUCACCUCCACACUCAUCAGCCCAAAACCAUCAGUGAAAUCUUCUCUUCAGAGUUCUCCGUGCGUCCACUAUUUGCUUUUCCGUUGACAAGAUAUUGUGCAUUACUCUCGCACUACUUUGUUUCAUACGAAUGUUCAAACCUGAGUCCUGAAGCGAGGCUCUGAGUCUCGUUCACGAUUGAUUUUGGCGGCAAAAGGUUGUGUGUGCUGUAUUUGUAUACCAUUCUCUAGUCAAAGAGUAGAGUAUCAUAACAGAUAGAAAAAAGGCAUCCUUGGAACUAAAGUGUGCAUCCUUGGUUCACAAUGUCUUCACAGAGUUCACAAGCAAGCAGAGCUAUAGAAAAUCUUGGCCCAGCUGAAUUCCAGCGCAAAGUUUCAGAGCUAGUCAGAUACAUGCUUUGUCAGGACAAGAAAAAACUACCAAUAAAAAGGCCAGACAUCAACAGGAAUGUCCUGAAGGAGCAUGUCAGGUGUUUUCAGCCCAUAUUUGAAAAAGCAAAGGAAUUUUUACUUAAUAUAUUUGGAAUUGAUGUUGUUGAAAGUGAAGUUGGAAAGACAAAAUCUUAUUUCUUGGUGAAUGACCUUGACACAAGAAACGAAGACGUUAUACCAUGGUCAAAAGAAGUGAAGCAUUCUGGUUUGCUUAUGAUUAUCAUCAGUCUCAUCUACAUGUCAGAUGGAGUUGUCAGUGAUGAUAUCUUGAAACGAACUCUUAAACAACUGGGCAUCCGUAAGGACGUGAAUCAUAAAGAGUUUGGAGAUAUUGAAAAGACGAUACAGGAAUUCGUGAAACAAACAUUUAUGGGGUUGAUAUUCAGCAGUGGAAGAUGCAAUACAAGGAGAUUGUUCGCGAGGAAGGCCAACAGCAGUGACAGGGGAAGUUUCAGUUUAUAACGCUGAAAGUCAGCACUCCGCGUCUUUCUUCCAAAUUGCUUAAAUCAUCAUAUACCAGGGUAAAUUUUCAAUCUUAAACCCACUGGUUGCACAUCGAUGUCUCCCAUAAACUAUGUAUCUGAAGGUGUGUGAUGCUGCCUGUCCAUAUUGUUUCUGAGUUUUCAGGUAACCCCUGAAUGAACGAUAGCCCUGCAUGAAAACUUGUUUUUUAAUUUGAUGCUACAAACUGUCUUAGAAAAAUCUAGUCUUAAAGAAGAGCGUUUGGAAAGGUCAUAAUCAUAAAUGAGGUUCAGGACAUUGACAAACUGGGUCAGCCUCUACGCAUCAUUUGUCAGAUCAUUAAGCCGCCCAAUAUAUUGAGCCAUAUCCUAUAUAUAUAUAAACUCUGCUAUUUAAUUCUCCAGUAACUGAAAUUCGUGGGUUUGAAUUUUUAGUUUGCCCAAAGUAAGGAACACUGUAAUGUGCCAUAAGCCCUCUGGCUCUAUGAAUAAGGAAGUUGGAAAGGCAAACUUAUUUUUAUCAGGAUCAGAGAUGAAUUAAUUUGAUUAGCAAAAAUGUUUUUCUACUAAUACUGGAAUAUAUUUACAUUUGUCUCUUUAAUUGUUAUGUUUGAUUAUGCGAUGUGAACUUAUUGGAUAUAGAUUUAUACAAGUAACGUUGCAUGAACAGUAUCAUAAUUAUCAGUUUUUUACGCCCAGUAGACAUGAGAUUAACUCAUUAAAUGCACCUGUCAGAAGUUUUGUUUUUCAUCAAGUCUCUGUUCAAUCAAGAAGUGAGAGAAUUAAAUUAUAACAGCAUCUCGAUCCCUCGGAUAUUUUAAAGAAUUUUUAAUGGUGGGGAAAUUGACUUUUUCCUGUGACGUAACUGAGGCUAAAAACGAGAAAUGGAAAUGUGUGUGAAUCAUUGAUGUUAACUAAUGUAGCAAAUAACUUGAAACAUACGCAAUACAACAACAAAAAUGCUGUGAACAUAUUUGUCGGUGAUCACGGGGUAACUUGUGGGGAGGGAAACCCUAGAGCCUAGUGGAUAAUUCCAACAUCUUUAUCAUAUUUAAAAUGAUCCUCUAUUCUAAUUGUUUUGUAAUUUUUAGAAGUGACGACAAAAGGAAUGACACUGUGAUUUUGCUGUUUGUUGCAGUGGCUCGGGGGCUUGGGGGCUUGGGGUUCGGCUCCCCAAUCGCGUUGGUUUUCAACGUCCGAGAUUUUACAAAUCUUUAACAUGCCGAAAGCCCGUCAAAUAUGUUGUCUUGUCGGAAAAUCGGAGCCUUAGCCCCCCAAAAUGGCCUGAAUUUCCGCCACUGGUACGUCGGGUUUUUAGAAUUUUGCAAUCAAAUCUUUUUGUAAAAUGGGAAAUAGAGCAACACUUAAGUAAGUUAUCUUCUUCAUGUCGUGUUCCUUCGUUUUAUGUGGAUUCAGCCAUUCUCUAUGUGGAAUAAAUCAAAGCAUACAUUUGAUAAGGAAUCGGUUAUACAAUGAUGUGCAAAGCUACCUUUUAACUUUGUAAACUGGCCACUUUUUAGACAGAGUUGUUCCGUUCUCUGGACGACUUAAACACAUUCUACACACGGAUUCUUUACCAAAGUUUUUAAAGAAGGCCCCGAUUGGGGUAGUAUGUUUAAAGAGCGACCCAGUUGUAGCAUUUUCAAAGGAUUAACUCGGAUCAACCCAUAUUCAUUAGCUAUAGAGAAAUUCAAGAUGAAACAUGCUUCAAAAGUCGAGAAGGAACCAUUUACAACACGGAACAUGAUAGAGAAAUUUCAACCACUGAAUAAUCAGCAUUAUCCUUUUGAAUUAAGCUUUUCGUAAUGAAAUAUAUUCUCUUCCGAUAUCAUCACCACAAAAUGACACUAAAUCUAUUUCAGUAGAAAGCAUCGAUAUUCGUAUUUUCCUGUUUCCUUGGUUUAAUUAGCUGUUUUGGAUUUAUACGAGAGCUAGAUUCUGUAAAGAUUCUGAAAAAAGAAUAUUGAUGCAAUCUUAGAAAGGGGGAGAAAAAGUUCACCGGGAACCACG